AUGUCGCUGCAGCGCCGCACCCAGUGGGCACUGGCGCUGGUUGGUAGCGGGCGGGCGGCGCUGGCGGCACUGGCUCGGCGUGUGCUGCUGUCGGCGGGGUGGUGGCUGGCCGCCGCGCUGAGGCGCCCGCGCCUGCAGCGCCGCCUCCCCUUCACGCUACGGCGCUGGCACCUGCUGCUGGGCUCGGUGUUGGCCUACAAGCUGCUGCGCUCGGGGUGCACCGCUGUCUGGUCACUGCUGGGCAGCUGGGGGCGGCGGGAGGAGAAGCAGCGGCUGCAGCGGGCGCUGCGCUUUGCUUCCAGCUACAGUGAGUGGGUGAAGGAUGCCGUGGCGCUGGACGAGAUGAGCAGCAGGCGGUGCCAGGCUGGCUCUCCCAAGGAGGUGCGCAGCCGGCGGCAGCUGCAGCAGCGGGCGGCGGUGCUGGCCAAGCUGCGGGAGAGCGGCGACAUCACGGGGCUCAGCUUUGCGCUGCGCCUCGACUACCUGCGCCAGGCGGGCAGCGCAAGCACCAGCGCGCUGAUGGAGGCGGCGGGGCACUGCCCGGUGCUGCCGGCGGCGGUGGAGCGGUACAUCGAGGAGGUCAAGCGCUGCCUGCACCACAUCGCCAGCUGCCCAGGCGCGGGAGGGGUGGCUUGCCGGCUGGCUUGCCGGCAUUACAUGGCUCUGGAGGACCGGCUGGCGUUCCUGCGGGAGCUGCGACAUGCGUACGGCCGCACUGGCCUGGUGCUCAGCGGCGGCGGCAGCUUUGGCUUCUGGCACUUUGGCGUGGUUCGGGCGCUGCUGGAUGCCAACCUGCUGCCGCGGGUGGUGUCAGGCAGCAGCGCAGGCUCCAUCGGCGCCUCGCUGCUGUGCACACGAACGGACGAGGAGGUGCAUGCGCUGGUUGCAGACUUCCCUAGGACCAGCGGCCUCGACUUCUUUGCCAACAACAGCAACUCGGCACUCAUGCGCCACCUGCUGUCCAGCGGCUACAUCCAGGACCAUGGCUUCUUUGCCGGCAGGCUGCGCAAGCUGCUGGGAGACCUCACGUUCCUGGACGCGUACCAGCGCAGCGGGCGCAUCCUGAGCAUCUCGGUGACGGCAGCAGACACCAAAGAGCCAUCCCGACUGCUCAACUACCUGACAGCUCCCAACGUCCUCAUCUGGUCGGCGGUCGCCUGCUCCUCGGCAUUCCCCUUCCUCUUUGCACCGCAAGACCUGCUCGCCCGUGACGCCGCUGGCAACAUCGUGCGUUUCUCCGAGAUGGGUGCGGCGCAGUCGCAGCGGCGCUGGUGCGAUGGCAGCUUGGAGGAGGAUUUGCCGAUGAGGGGCCUCAGCCAGCUGUUCAAUGUCAACUUCUUCCUGGCUUCCCAGGUGCGCCUGUGCCAGCAGCUGCUGGCCGUCUGGCCCAACACCCGCCUCCUCAAGAUGCUGUCCCAGCCGUGGGAGGGCGACAUCACGGUGGCGCUGCCGCCCACCGCAUUCCCCCUGGGCAAGGCAGCCAUGAACUUCACGCAGGACGACAUCUGGGAGGCAAUGCGACACGGCCAGCAGGCGGCUGCCUGUGCCAUUGAGAUAUGCAUCGAGGAACUGAUGCAGCGGAUCGCGCUGCAAGUGCGGCAGCAGGCCAAGCUGGAGAGGGCAGCGGUGCAGGCAAGCCAGCGACGGGCACUGGCCGGCGGCGGCAUGAGGGGCUCCCUGCCAUCCUGGCUGCACAUGCCUUCGCUAGGGCUGCCCACGGUUGAUUCGGAGUGCAGCCUUGCCGCCAGCGCACGCCCCGAGAGUGCAGCCAGCCUGUACCCGGCAGGGCAGGAGGCAGGCACCGCCGCGGUGGCAGGCAGUGCGCACGCAUGGGAGGGGCAGCCGGGCGCGUUACGAGGCCUACGCCGGCACCCAAGCAGCUCCAGGAGCAGCAGCAGGGAAGGCAGCGGGCAUGCCGGCAGCGCAGCGCGGGUUGCCCUGGGGAUCCCUGUGGCGGCGUUAGACGGGCAGGCGGCAGCCGAGGCCGCCGCGGCUUGCGGUGUGCAAGCCACGGCAGGGCAGCUGGCGGUAGCAGGCGUUGAGGUGGCUGCCGAGGCGCUGGCAGAGCUGGAGCCUAGCACCCCGACGGCACAGGUGGUGGAUGAGGGGGCGGCGACAGAGGAGGGGGAGCUGUUUGAGAGCCCCAGCCAAGCAUGGAAGGACUUGGUUGUGCUCAGCGGCAUCAGCGCAGCUGCGGGCGGGCAAGGGGCGGGCUCCCUGGACUCAUUUGCCUACUGA